AGAAAGUGGGAGAAAGAGAGAGAUGAAGAGAGAGGAGUCGAUAUUCAACAUGGCGCAGUUCAUGGAUGUAAAGGUGAAGAAUUACCUGUGAAAUCCAGUGAAAACAACUCAUCAGAAAGAUGGGGACUCAAAAGCCUCAGGAAUGGGUUUCUUCGUUGCUGACGCGGUUCGAAGAGCAGCUGCCAUGCCGAACUAUGCCUCAGAACACGCACUCGAGAAUAAAUGAGGAGCAGAAUAAAAAAGCUUUGAUCGAAAUAAGUAGACACAGAUUCUUCCUUGUGAUAUCUGGUCUUACUAAAUGUUUGCAGAGAGUAAACGAAAUGUGUCAAAAUGUGACCCAAGGUACAAGACCUCAUGGACCUGACAUCGAGCGCAAUUGUUACGAGAGUUUACUCAUUGUGCUAGAUACCCUUGAAAGAUGUCUCAGCAACCAGCCUAAGGACAUCAAAGACAACACAAGAUUUGAUGACAACAUGAACGUAAAGUUGCUACUUCGUGAGAUAUGCCAGUUCAUAGCAAUGGGGAAGAUAACUACCCUUCAAUCAACACUGAUUGUUACAGAUACAUCUGAUGGGCCCUAUGCCUUGCAGCUGAGAAAUCUUGCCUCUAAGGUGCUCUUUGCCCUGAGUCUCAAUUUUUUCCAAGCUGUCUUUAAUCGUAUUUCAUCAAGGCUUCAGGAAUUAAGUGUUAUUAAUGAUGAAAAUCCAGACUAUAGUGACAUUGAACUUAUUCAACAUAUUAAUGUUGAUGUGUUUAAACUCAUCAAACUAUUGCAAGAAACCAUCCAAAAGUUCAAACUAUUAAAAAAAUCUGCCCAAGUUGUUCUUAUGGUGUCCCUUGAGAAGGCCAUAUGGAAUUGGAUGGAUACUUAUCCACAUGAAUUUGCUGAAAUUCAGAAAAAACCCAAUGAGGACCUUUCAAAAGGUUGUGACAACUUAUUUGACAUUUUGGACACCUCAACAGACAGCAGCAAAAAAGGGCGAGCAGCAGUUUGGCCUCUCCAAAUGUUGCUACUUAUUUUAUCACCAAAAGUUUUAGAAGAAAUAGUUAAUGCAGAUUCUGGAGCUCCAUGUUCUCCUCGUCACUCCAAAAAGAAAGCAUUCAUUGACAAUGUGAAACGUGCUUUGGGUCCGCAUGGGAACAGCAAACAGCUUACUGAAGCUGCUGCAGUCACCUGUGUAAAGCUUUGCAAAGCAUCUACAUACAUAAAUAUUUUAGACUCAAAUAAUGUUGCUUUCACACUUGUUCAGAGUAUCAUCAAUGAUUUAAAAAAUCUCUUAUUCAACCCAAACAAGCUGUUCACCAGAGGCGCUAGUUUUAUUGUUCAAGACAUUGAUCUCAUGAUUGAUUGCUUUGUGUCUUGUUUCCGCAUCAAGCCUCACAAUAAUGAAGCACUGAAAGUGUGCAUUAACCCUGCUGUUUCUCCAAAUUAUCAUUUUGUGCUUAUAAGUUCUCUGUACAGGAUAAUAACCCAGCCAAGACUCCCAUGGUGGCCCCAAAUUGAUUUGGUGUACAACAAGUCAUCCGAACUGAGAUCCAUGUUCACAGACACUCUUAAUAAAGUUACCCAAGGGUACAUCGCACAUACUCCACUGAGAAUGAUACAGUCUCUAACCCUGAAAAGCAAAGAUUCGACUGGAAAGUUCAAGGAAAGAGGAGAAGAUUUUAAUCACCAAAAAAAUCUUUUGCUUUGGAUGGUUCGACUCAUUCAUGCAGAUCCUAUGCUGAUGCUCAAUAAUCAGGGCAAGGCAGGUCAUGAAAUCCAAAGCUCGACUCUUGAACUAAUUAAUGGACUUGUUAGCCUUGUUCAUCAGCCGACUAUGCCAGAUGUAGCUCAAGAAGCAAUGGAGGCUCUGCUUGUACUCCACCAUCCUGAGAAAAUCGAAGUUUGGAAUCCAGAAGCUCCUAUUAACACCUUUUGGGAUGUUAGCUCCCAAGUUCUGUUCUCUAUAUCACAAAAACUUAUCCAGCACCAAAUAAUGAACUACACUGAUAUUUUGAAAUGGCUCAGAGAAAUACUGGUGUGUCGAAAUGCAUUUCUGACAAGGCAUAAAGAUUAUGCCAAUGUUGGUAGUCAAAUUGCUAUAUGCAAACAGGCCCACAUCAAGCUGGAGGUUGUGUUUUUCAUGUACUUGUGGAGUAUUGACAUGGAAGCAGUUUUAGUUGCAAUGUCAUGCUUUAGUUUGUUGUGUGAAGAGGCAGACAUCAGGUGUGGAUCAGAUGAAGUUACGGUAACAUUUCUGCUACCCAACUACCACAUUUAUCAAGAGCUUGCCCAGGCAUCCACUGUGCUAACAACUGCUACCAGUGGGGAUUCAAGAAUUCAUUUUCGUGAACAGCACCAUGGCCGAGCUGCCCUUCAGAAGAGGAUCAUGGCUCUUCUGCGAAAAAUAGAACAUUGUGUAAACGGAGUUCAACCGGCUUGGGAGGAGACUUUCCGAAACUGGGAAGUAUCAAAGAACUCCUUAUCUUUGUACCCAAAAACUAAGCUGGAAGAUGGUCAAAUGGAACCAUUUCAUCGUUCCAUGGGAAAACGCCGAGCUUCACACCAGAAUUCUGAGCAUGAACUAGAGGAUCAAAUAAACGAAUGGGCCAACAUGACGGGCUUUUUGGUGUCGCUGGGAGGAGUUUGUCUUCAGCGGAAGAGCCCAUCUCGUAAAUGUAAUGUGCUUCCCAAUCAGCCCAGUCAGACCAGCCAGGAAGUCCAAUACUGUCCUGUUACACAAUUUGUUGGAGAACUGCUCAAAUUAUUGGUUUGCAAGAAUGAGAAGUUUGGACCACAAAUUCAAAAAAAUGUGAAAGAGUUAGUUGGGCAUGAAAUGUCUCCUGCACUAUAUCCAAUUUUAUUUGACCAAAUAAAAUUUUUUGUGGAGAAGUUCUUUGACUCCCAAGGACAGGUUGUGGUUGCAGACCAUAACACACAGUUUAUUGAACACAUAAUCUUUGUCAUGAAGAAUGUGUUAGAUAGCAAGACUGAUCAGCCCUCAGAGCAUCUUGGAGUUACCUCUAUUGAAGGAAUGAUGCUGGCCAUUGUGAGGUAUGUUCGUCACUUGGACAUGACAGUUCAUGCAAUUCACAUCAAAACCAAGCUUUGUCAACUCGUAGAAGCAAUGAUGAAGCGCAGAGAUGACCUUGCAUUCCGGCAGGAAAUGAAGUUCCGAAACAAACUGGUUGAGUAUUUGACUGAUUGGGUCAUGGGAACAGCUCAUCAAAUAGCGCCGCCACAGCCUGGUGAUGUAACAUCAAUCACAAGUCGAGAUUUAGAUCAGGCUUGCAUGGAGGCAGUGGCAGCUCUCCUUAGAGGUCUCCCUCUGCAGCCAGAGGAAUCUGACCGUGGUGAUCUGAUGGAAGCUAAAAGUCAACUUUUCCUCAAGUACUUCACUCUUUUCAUGAAUUUAUUGAAUGACUCAACCGAAAAUCAAGAGGAAGUUCCUCUAGCACGCCAAAGAGUGCAGUCAAAUAAGAAUAAUACUUUACGCCAAGCUACUAUUCAAGCUAUGUCAAAUUUGCUUUCCGCUAACAUUGAUAGUGGUUUAAUGCACUCCAUUGAUUUGGGUUACAACAGAGAUUUGCAAACAAGGGCAGCAUUCAUGGAAGUUUUGACUAAGAUUUUGCAACAAGGCACUGAGUUCAACACCUUAGCUGAGACUGUCCUGGCUGACAGGUUUGAACAGCUUGUGCAGCUUGUCACCAUGAUUAGUGACAAGGGUGAACUGCCCAUAGCCAUGGCACUUGCAAAUGUAGUAACAACUUCACAAAUGGAUGAACUUGCAAGAGUUUUUGUUACUCUUUUUGAUGCUAAACACUUGCUCUCUCCAUUACUAUGGAACAUGUUCUAUCGAGAAGUUGAAGUGUCUGAUAGUAUGCAAACAUUAUUUCGAGGAAACUCACUGGGAAGCAAAAUUAUGGCCUUUUGUUUCAAAAUAUAUGGAGCUGAGUACCUGCAAUCUUUGUUAGAACCACUCAUAAGUCCCCUUCUGGAUGAUCCUUCUCAAGGAUUUGAAGUUGAUCCUGCCAGACUGGAUCCAUCAGAAAACAUCGAACGAAAUCGUCAAAACUUAAUCACAUUAACAGAGAAAGUUUUCAAUGAUAUAAUAUCAUCAGCAGAAAAGUUUCCACCUCAACUUCGUAGCAUGUGUCAUUGCUUGUACCAGGUUUUGAGCAAGCGUUACCCUCAAUUUCCUCAGAACAACAUAGGUGCUGUUGGCACUGUCAUAUUUCUCCGUUUCAUCAAUCCAGCAAUAGUAUCUCCUCAGGAAAUGGGUAUUGUGAACCGGCAGGUACUUCCUGGGGUAAAGCGAGGGCUGAUGCUCAUGUCUAAGAUCUUACAAAAUAUUGCUAAUCAUGUGGAGUUUAGCAAGGAACAACACAUGUUACCAUUCAAUGAUAUGCUGCAUGAUCAUUUUGAAAUUGGACGACGAUUUUUCAUACAAAUCGCUUCUGAUUGUGAAACAAUGGAUCAAACAUCACAUAACAUGUCAUUCAUAAGUGAUGCAAAUGUUCUGGCACUGCAUCGUCUGCUUUGGAAUCACCAAGAAAGAAUCGGUGAUUAUCUCUCAAGCAGCAGGGACCAUAAAGCAGUUGGAAGAAGACCAUUUGAUAAAAUGGCAACUCUCCUGGCUUAUUUGGGACCUCCUGAACAUAAGCCAGUUGACUCACAUUUACUCUUCUCCACCUAUGCACGUUGGAGCUCUAUUGAUAUGUCCAGCAACAAGUUUGAAGAGAUCAUGGUGAAGCACAAAAUUCAUGAAAAAGAGGAAUUCAAAAGCUUGAAAGCUCUUAAUAUCUUUUACCAGUCUGGAUAUUCUAAAGCAGGUAAUCCUGUUUUCUAUUACAUAGCAAGGAGAUACAAAAUUGGUGAAACUAAUGGAGACCUACUUAUUUACAAUGUGAUUCUUACUUUGAAACCGUUUUGCCAUUCAUUAUUUGAGUUGGUAAUUGACUUCACACAUACAAACACGGACAACCGAUUCCGAACCGAGUUUCUCCAGAAAUGGUUUCAUGUGCUACCCGCUGUUAUUAAUGAAAACAUCAAUCAGGUUUUCAUUUAUAACUGCAAUACUUGGGUGCGUGAGUACACAAAGUAUCAUGAUCGCAUUCUGCAGCCAAUCAAAGGGAACAGAAAAUUGGUGUUUGUUGAAGCUCAAGCAAAAUUAAAUGAGUACAUUGAACCUGAUCAGCAAAAACUACCUGGCGCAACGCUGGCUCUUGAUGAGGAUUUGAAGGUGUUUAAUAACGCCCUAAAGCUAUCUCACAAAGACACCAAAGUUGCCAUGAAGGUUGGACCCACUGCUAUUCAAAUAACCUCGGCAGAGAAGACUAAAGUGUUGUCUCAUUCUGUUCUUCUGAAUGAUGUAUACUAUGCCUCUGAAAUUGAAGAAGUGUGUUUGGUGGAUGACAAUCAGUUUACUCUAACUAUAGCCAAUGAAUCAGGCCCAUUGAGUUUCAUCCAUAAUGAUUGUGACAGCAUAGUUCAAGCAAUUAUACACAUUCGCAACCGAUGGGAACUUUCCCAACCUGCUCAGGAUUCUGUAACAGUGCAUCAGAAGAUCCGUCCAAAGGAUGUACCUGGAACAUUGCUAAACAUGGCCCUGUUGAAUUUAGGGUCUUCAGAUCCCAACCUUCGCACUGCUGCUUACAACCAGCUUUGUGCUCUCACAGCUACCUUUGACUUGAAAAUUGAAGGCCAGUUACUAGAGACGUCAGGUCUUUGCAUUCCAUCAAAUAAUACCAUAUUCAUUAAAUCUGUAAGUGAGAAGCUGGCCACAAAUGAACCUCACCUAACUCUAGAAUUUCUUGAAGAGUGUGUGCAAGGAUUUAGAGUUUCCACAAUAGAAUUGAAGCAUCUGUGUUUGGAGUAUAUGACUCCAUGGCUUCCAAAUCUUGUAAAAUUCUGUAAGCAAGAUGAAAGCAAGAGGCAGGAUGAAAGCAAGCGACAACAGAAAGUUAACUCUAUACUUGAGAAGCUUAUUCAACUGACUGUACAAGAAGUGGAAAUGUACCCAUCAAUUCAAGCUAAAAUAUGGGGCUCUAUUGGUCAAGUUCCAGAGCUCAUCGAUAUGGUGCUUGACAGUUUUAUAAAACGAUCAGGAGAACAUGGAGUUGGCUCCCCAGUUGUUGAAAUUCUUGCUGACACUGCUGUUGCUCUAGCAUCAGCAAAUGUUUCUCUUGUGUCGAGAAAGAUCAUUAAUCGUCUUUGUAGGGUUUUGGACAAAACAUGCACAUCUCCAACUCAAUUGUUGGAAGCCCAUGUCCUGUGGGAUGAUAUUGCCAUCCUUGCUCGAUACCUUCUGAUGUUGUCCUUUAACAAUUGCCUUGAUGUUGCUGUACAUCUGCCGCAUCUUUUCCAUACAAUAGCCAUGCUAGUUUGUUCUGGAUCACUCAGUAUGCGAGCUUCAACCCAUGGUCUUGUGAUAAACACCAUACAUUCCCUUUGCACCUGCACUAAACCAACAUUUGAUGAAGAUGCACAGAGAGUGCUGCGUCUCAGCUUGGAUGAAUUUUCCCUUCCUAAGUUUUAUCUCUUAUUUGGGAUCAGCAAGGUGAAAUCUGCUGCUGUGACUGCUUUUAGGUCAAGUUACCGCCAUCCUAGUGAUAGGCUGUUGGGGAAUGAGAGGGUGUUCUCUGGCUUGUCGUCUGACAGAGAACGGCUGUCCCUCACUUCUUUGGAGGUGAUCACAGAUGCCCUCCUUGAAAUAAUGGAAGCUUGUAUGAGAGAGGUCCCCACCUGUGACUGGCUUCAAACCUGGACUUCUCUUGCAAAGAAAUUUGCAUUUUGUUUCAACCCUGCGUUGCAACCACGAGCUCUUAUUGUUCUUGGCUGUAUAAGCAAAAGCAUUACCGACCAAGACAUCAAACAGCUUCUCCGGAUUCUUGUGAAAGCUUUGGAAAGUUUCAAUGAUAUGACUCUCCUGGAGGCACUAGUAAUGUGCCUUACCCGUCUUCAACCUCUCCUAAGGCCAGAAUCGCCUAUACAUCGAGCUCUCUUUUGGGUGGCUCUUUCUGUACUCCAACUGGAUGAAGUUUCUCUGUAUGCUUCUGGGCUUGCUCUUCUUGAGCAGAAUUUGCAUACAUUAGAAUCACAACGGUCAUUUGAUGAGAGAUCUCUCGAGCAAGUAAUGAUGGCAACACGUGAACCCUUAGAAUGGCACUUUAAACAAUUGGACCAUGCCGUGGGCCUUAGUUUUAAAGUAAAUUUCCACUUUGCUUUGGUUGGUCAUUUACUCAAAGGAUUUCGUCAUCCAACCCCUACAACCGUCACUCGUACGACACGUGUACUAACCAUGCUGCUUGGUAUUGUUGCAAAGCCUCAUAAGAGAGACAAAUUUGAAGUUACUCCAGAAAGUGUUGCAUACUUAGCAGCUUUGGUUUCUGUGUCUGAAGAAGUUCGAAGUCGUUGUCAUGUUAAACAUUCAUUGGCCCGAAUGCUACCAGAUUCCAGCUCUGCAGAAAGUUUUGCUGUUGACAUAAGACACGCAAAUGCACCACCUGUCACUGUCAUUCAGGUCGUUCAGCUACCUCAGCUACCAUGUACCUCUGGCAUUGGCAGUCAGGCUAGUGCUCCAUCAACUUCUACCUCCACUCCAAAUAAUGAUCGAGCUGGCCCAAGUGGUGUUGCUUGUCCUGGUUUCAUCGGCACAGUCAGCAUGACAGCCCCAACAAAUAGACGUCAAAAGUCAUGGGAUAUGCUUGAUCAGAAUGCCCUUUCUCAAGCAAGGCAGCAGAAGACACAGCAACAGGGGAGCUCUUGCUCUGCUGCUGGUGCUGCUGGUGCUUCUACUGCAGCCCCAUCCCCUUCUAAAGUCUGGCAAAGUCUGGACCUUGGAUCCCAACCCAACCCCCUCCCUCCUAGAUGGCUAUUUCGAAAUCAGCGCUCUUCAUCAGUCCCGGCAGUUACGGCUUCAAAAUCCAGUAUCGAGUCAGAUGCUGCUGAUGUGGAUGGGAAAAAUGCGCGUGUCCUGUUCAAAACACAACGAUCGUUCUCGGUGCCGACUUCUAAAGAGCAAAAGACAAUGGAGGAAGCUGAAUCCCAGAAUCGAAGUCCUCGAGUUUCUGUCUCAAAUGAGAACAACAUUCUUCUUGAUCCAGAAGUCUUAACAGAUUUCUCAACACAAGCUCUUGUGUUGACGGUGCUCGCUACAUUAGUCAAGUAUGCAACGGAUGAAGGCGAGACACGGAUACUUUACCAGUACUUGGCUGAAGCUUCUGUAGUAUUUCCAAGAGUGUUUCCUGUUAUUCACAGUCUUCUUGACGCUAAAUUAACCAGUGUAGUCUCCAACUGUCAUGACCCUGUGAUACUGAGUGCAGUCCAAAGCAUUGUACAAAAUAUGGUCGCAUGUGAGGAUACUUCUCAACAACAGCCUCAUUACAUGCAAACCUGUGGCUUUGGUGGUCUGUGGAGAUUUGCUGGACCCUUUACAAAAAGUCAGUGUACUGCUGAAAGUGCUGAGCUCUUUGUCAACUGCUUGGAAGCCAUGGUGGAAACAUGUUUACCUCUAGAGGAUGGGGAACUUGAGUUGGCUCCUUUCCCAUCAAUGUUGAGUGUUUCUAGCAACGUGAACCUUUCAUCUAGUUUAUCAUCUCUAAACAUGGGAUCCCCCACUGAUAAAGAUGUGGGAUUGGAGAUAGGUUCUGAUAAUACAUCAUGCUGUUCAACAUCUCUGGGGCGAAGUUCAUACGGCAAGCAGCGAUCUGCUUCCACUACUUCUAAAAUAGGAAGUGAUUCCAAAUAAGGGUUUGACACGUCGACUACAAACUGUGAGGGGCUUUGUGGCAGGGAACACCUUUAAUAUUGCUUAUUCCUUUUUCAAUUAUUAGAAGAAAGACCUAAAAUAUUUGAUCAUUUACUUUGUGUGCCUGUAGCAUCUAACUUUAAAGGGUGGCAUCAUGUCUGUCUUGAGGGAAUUAAGCUAUCAAUGAACCAGUGCACCACUGGCUUGCCUUGCAUUUUUAUUUGCGUAUCUGUAACAACUGUAACUCUGGAGGACAUUGAGCAAUCAAAGUUGCCAAUGAUACUAAUUUGGAUUAUGUGAUAUAGAGAUUUAUGUAUUAUUUAAUAUUUUAUUGUUGUUAUGAAAAUGUUUGUUUUUGGAGACUGAUCAAAUAUAAGACUGGGGAACAAGAGAGUUAAGUAUUCCCUCCUAGUAAUUAAAUUCAUUUGUGUUUCAAAUCUGUAUUCCAAAUGUUAUUGAAUGAAUUCUUGGGUUUACAUUAGUUCUAAGAGUUUUCUGGAGCUUUGAUUAAAACUGAUUGCUGCAGUCCAUCCUUAUUUUAACAGAAACCAAAAAUUUUAUUUCCCAAUUUGUUUUUGUUUGGAAUGUAAGACAUGUUGCAAAAUGAAUUUUCCCCUAGUAAGGCCAUAUUAGAUUAGAAUUGGGCUUUUAGGAAUUAAGGCUGUUGCUAAUUAUUCAGUGGUAAUGUCACUGAAGUGUGAAACCACUGCUUUUAUUUUCAUUCUGUGUGUGUUUGUCUCCUAUUCCUGUCUGUAUUUCCUACAUUCUGUGCUCUGAAACUUUCACAAGCUUCUUUAAAUGUCUCUUUACAUCACAAGUUGGUGUCUUUUCGGUAAUUUUUUAAGUUGCAUUUUUUACUGUACUAUUUUAGGAGAAGCUUUGUCUGUGGUAUUCACUAACUCCUACAAGCUUAUGUGUGACUUUGUGGCAAUUCUUACGUACUCCUCAACUAAUUGUUCAAUCUCAGAGUUCUCUGGUGGUUAAAAUUUUAUGUAGCGAUGUUUAACAAAUAUUUUAUCUUGGUGUCUUUAUGUUUAUGUGUAGGCAGUCCUCUUGUGGUUUAGGACUAAAGUGCCAUUCAUUCAUUACAUUAACAUGUAUGAGAGAGAGAUGUGGGUGUCAGGAGAUGUUUUCUGUUUAAAGGACUACAUCUCUUGUAGGGCAGUGAAGGUUUAUCAUUCCAGCUGAGUCUGUAGUCAAGCUGUGGACGUGACAGUUUCUUCAGUCGUGGAUUUCUCUUUAUCGUACUUUGAUCUAGUUGUUCUUGUUCCUGCUAAGUUCUAUGCAAAUGUAGUGUAGCUGUUGAAUGUCAUGAAAAUGUGUGUGUUGUGUCAUCUCUUUAAAAUCAUAAGAAUUGAUGUUGUGUAGGUCGUUAGCUUCUUAUUCAUGACAGGUGUGUCUGCAUGUUUGGGAGAAACUUCCAGGGCAGGCAUAGAAGCAUUUUGAUGUGGGCCAAUGGGGACUGCAGACUCUACUGUAUGUGAAUUGCGUUUGAACUUGACAGCAUGAGGCAGGCAACACAGUACGGACUUUCACUCCGCUCGGCUUGCAUUGUGCUGUAAAUACCACUGAGCGCUCACCAUGUGGACAGCAGAGGAGGUAUGGGUGAGUCAGGUUAAAAAGUUCUCUAAAAUCCAUAGAUAUUGUUGCCAUGGUGUCGACAUUGUGACAAAGUCAAGUGAUGAGUGUGCACUCGUGAAGUUCUGGGGGCUGCCUUGCUUUCCCUGCCCCCCACAAUCACAAUACCUCUGAUGACAUCCUCUAUCCAAACAUGGAGACACACCCGGUAUAUUAUGCAGGUUUAAUGGUAUCCUUGGACUGCAGAUUCCUGUUGUAUUUCUUCAAACUAAUGUUCAAAUUUGCUCUUAAGAAAACCUCUUAUUUUAUUGAUGUUAUGUGGAUUCCUUUAUUUAGUAAACUUGUAUUGUUAAGUAUACCAUAUUCCAAGGUGAUAAAAUUUUAUUCUUAUUGUUCAAAAUCUAUGUGUGAUUCUAUUAUGUGUAUUAAAAUUUAAACUCUAAUGAA